AUGGUGCUUGAAGCUAAAGUACCAUCGGCGUCGAAUCGUUUUAUGGCAUCAUUAGGCGUUGACACGCGUUUCGUGCUGCCUGAUAUAUCGAUGCCGUCGUGCUCUGUGGAGGACUCGUGGUCGAGGCCUGUACGACGCCUUCUCAGGAACGCAGCUGUUCCAUUUUAUCGCAUACCAAUUGCUCAACUACCUCUCAACAGUGUUGUAGAGCAGCCAGAAGAAUGUGAACAGCUAUCGCCCUCACAUUCAAGUGCCUGCAGCGAGUCAUCGAUAUUGCAGUCGUCACGAAGUGAGCAUGGUGAAGAGGAUUCAGGGCGAGGCACAUGCGCAUCGCCAAGCGCACUCUGCUGCGAUGAUGAAUGCGAUAUUAGUGAUGUUGAAGAUGAUGAAAUAGAAGAAGAUCGGCGACAUGUCGAACGUCCCUGGCAAAGGGGAUGUGUUGUUGAGCCUCUAACCGACAUGGAGCUGGAAUAUAUUGAACAAGCCCAUCGUUACAGCAAAUUUUUGGAAGUCUACAGCGAGCCAAGCCUCCGUUUCGUCAGUUUACCGGCAUACUCGUUCGUAUUACCAAGGAUCAUAGGUGAUGUUUUGCUUGUUAUUAGUUUGAUCAUUUCUUUCAAGAAAAUUUCAUUACAACAGAAUGUUUUGAACCAGUUGUUUCAAGGACAACGCUACAUGAAAUUAUAUUUCGUACAUGCCAUUCAAGUAGUCAGUAGCCUAUCUUGA